UUUGUCGUAUUGUUGGCGAUAUCCUCAAAUUUUAGAAUGGACACAGCUUCUUCCUAGCAAUGAAGUCGGGGAGCAAAAUGAAAGGAAAAAAGAAGAAAGCACAGAAAAAAGAGAAAACAAAAACUGAAGAAAAGGGAAAGGGCGAUCCUAAUGAUCUGUUGAAAAAGUUAGCCGUACAACACAACAGACAGUCAUUGCAAAUAGAAGCUGACCAAGUAGCACAUUUAGCACCAGCAGAUAAUGAAGGAGUUCCCCAUGCCAGCAGUCGAAUGUCUAGUGCCGGUGUUAGUACCAAUGGAGAUACAGAACUACCAGAAUGGUUUGAAGAUAUAACCACAGAUAAUGAGGAUGCAUUUAAAGAGUUGUUUGAUAUGUUGGAUUCAGCGAAGACGGGCACACUGAAUGUCGACGGUCUGUAUGAAGGUCUAAAGAGAGUAGAUAGUGGAAUUACUAGAGAAGAGGUUGAAGCUGUCAUGAACAAACUGGAUAAAGAUGGAAAUGGAGAAAUUGAUUUUGAUGAGUUUCUUAUUCACAUGACACAAGGAGAUACAGCAGGAGAGGGUGACCAGGAAGGAUCACGGAAGGGAUUUUCAAGACGACAGAGAUUAUUCUACACAGCCAUUACACAAUUCUCCAUGAAGACCACUCUAGAGUUGGAGAAAAAGAAACAUCAACCUCAUGUGAUAGGUCAUUACACAGCUGGAGCCCGUCUCGAGGGAUUAACUGAUAGACAGCUAGCCAGACAGAUGAAGAGACUCCAGAGAACAGCUGUACACCAUGAUUCACCAUAUGCCAAACCCCUUCCUUUUGUUUCUCAGAUGAACUGUAGUGUUGUGCCGACCAGUAGGUACAAGUUGGCAACAGAACGCACUGAAAUGGGCCCCAAGGAAAACACGACACUAAUUGAAAUACCAGAGGAUGGACCAAUUGAACCAAUUGCACCAUUACCAUGGAAGGCACAAUGGAAAAUGUUUACCUCAAGAGAUAGUGUUGUGGGUAAAACAAACGAUGAUCUUUUGAAUAAUCUAAGGUCAAGAUUAAAUAUAACCAUGAAGAUUAAAGGAUCUAUUAAAAAGAAGAAAACUAUAGCAAAGGCAGCCAUCCCCCAAAUAGGAAAGUGCCGAGUUCCCUUGCCAGUUCUUAGAGUGAAGUAUAUCAGACACAGACCGUCACCAACCAUUGAUGAUUUGCCAAAUAUUAGAGAAAAGGCAACAAAUGCACUGGAUGAUUACUAUCAUAAGCUACGAAAAGUAAGUGUCAAAAAUUCUUAUGAACACUGGGAUAACUUAUAUGCUGAUACUAUUCGUCCCAAGAAACUUUUGGAAAACUUCAGAACUGUUUACAGGGCAUAUUCACCACAUAAAGAAGAAGAAGCUUUCGUUGUUACACCUUGGAUACCUGGACCUUACAGACUUUUCAGGAGAAAAGUGGAUUCACGUAUCAGACCAUUCAGUGCCCAUUAAAUCUUUUAGUAAACAUAUGCUACCAGCACUGAUUAAAAUCUAUUUUAACGUUUGGUGUUAUUUUGUUCUUUUCAAUACUCUGAAACAUGCAGCUUUAAAAGAUUUGCUAGAUAAGGUGAACAAAUAA